GGCGGAAAAGUUGGGCGUAAAACUCGACAAGGUUGAAAUGACGUUAAAUCACAGUAAAACUUGGCCGGUCAGUACGCUGGCGGUCGUUCAAUUACGCGUCGAUCCGAAUGGCCGGACGUACAGUACGCAAUUCGACGCUGAUCUUGUCACGGACUUCCAGAUUCCUCAACAGGGUGAAAAUGAGUUGAAAAAUGACGAAGCAGGAAAACCGGAAGAUGUCGGAACAACGAGCCACGAGAGACUGCCAAACGGCACAAGCAAUGGCUGUGUGUCGGCGGCGGCGAUCGGCGGCAAAAACGGCGGCGUUCUUACGCUGCCGCUCUCCCAGCGGCACGUCGAACUUUUUACCGUCCAGGAGCAAACGACGCGUGACCGCCCCGGCAUCGUCUUGCGCCACCCGUACAAGAAUACCGUGCGCACUGAUACUGUAUCCACGAUUCUCGAACAGGAUAAUGAUAACAACGAUGUGGAAUCUAUUACGUCCGUUCCACAAGAAGAUGUUAAAACCGAUCAAAAAUCAAAAUAUGAGAAAUUUCAUGUGUUGGCACUGGCAAAAAUCGAAGAAACGAAUGAAAGUGUCACCGUGAAGACUCCUACUGUAAAAGUAGAAAACUGGGAUUUAAUUUACAACGAUCCUGUACUAAAUGGCGGGCGGAAGUUGUGUCCGGCUUGCACGGCGGCAGCGGCUGCAAAUGGUCAAGCUGCCACGUCCCCAAUGGAACCCUACAAAGGGAGGAAUUCUCCCGGUGAUUACAAUGACAGAUUAUUGGUGGAUUUGCCACUGGACGCCCGCAAGGCGACUACAUUGCGAAGACAUUACUACCCCGAAGGCGGCUGGGGGUGGGUGAUAAUCACGUGCACGGUGUUGGUGCACGUGUUGAACGUGGGGCUGCAGUUGUCGUGCUCGCAGUUGGCGCCAGCAGGGGCGGAGAAGUUCAAGACGACGCAAGUGCACAUUGCAGGAUGGUUGGGAGCUAUGUCCACCGGCGUUGCGUUGCUCAUCUCACCAGUGACGAUUGCAUUCUGUCGUCGAAAAUCAACAAGAGUGACAGCUGUCAUGGGAGGAUUAAUUACUGCAUUAGGAUGUUUAUUCACAUCCUUCGCGACGCAAUUUCAUCAAUUAUUUUUUAGUUAUGGAACGGUGGUAGGUAUUGGAGUGGGUAUCACCCGCGAUUGCUCAACGCUAAUGGUUGCUCAAUACUUCAAACGACGUCGUGAGUUCGUCGAGAUUUUCAUCGUCAGCGGAAGUGGGUUGGGGAUUUCUAUCAUGUCUACCAUCAUACGUGGUACAAUUGGAGCUUUGGGAUGGCGUCUAGGUCUCCAGGUUGUCACAGGUGCAGUGACAGCCACGUUUAUUCUUGGUACUUUUUACCGCUCAGCAAGUUUAUACCAUCCGCAACGUCGCGCUAUUCUGCACAUCAAGAAUCAAAAGCGCAAGAUCAAAGAUAAGAACAAAAUCGAGGACAAGGUGCCCUUUUUUGACUUCAGUACCCUCAAGAGCAAAACCGUCCGGAUUCUGCUAGUCUCCACGGGAAUAUCAGCGUUUGGGAUAAAUACCCCGUUGUUUUAUUUAGCGUAUCAAGCAGAGGUUGAAGGUUUGGGAGAUUCCACUGUGUUCCUACAGGUUUAUUUAGGGCUGGCAUGGACUGUGGGAUGUGUUGUGUUUAGUACGCUGGUAUUGCACAAUUCUACUGAAUGCCGGAUUGCGAGGCAGUAUCUUACACAAACUGCUGUUUUUAUGUGUGGGUUGUCAAUUCUGGCGUUUACAGUGGUCAGUGGGAAUUAUCAUGCGUAUGUGAUGUUUGCUUGGAUUUAUGGUAUAUUUUGUGGGGGUUAUCACUACUCCCUUAAGAUGUAUACCUACGAAAGGGUCAGAGCUAGAAACUUUGCAAGGACAUGGGGCUUCGUGCAAUGCUCUCAAGCCAUACCCAUUGUCAUUGGUGUACCAUUUUCAGGGUACAUGAAUGAACGCUGCGGAGAUCGUGCCGGUUACUACUUUAGCUCAACCUGUGUGAUUGUGGGUAGUCUUACCCUCUUCCUCAUUGACCUUCAUCGCCGUAACAUUUCCCGACAUAAACAUACCCGCGAGAAUGGUACGCGUCACCUCUGCGUGUCCGAUUCGUGCCCAAAACGCAGGAAAUUAUCAUUCUCCCAAGAACCUGAUAAUGAUCCAGGUGGUGUUGCAGCGGGUGCAGCCGCGGCUGCUAUAGUCUUAGGAGCAGACAUCUCCCCUAAUCAACCGAUUAUUGAAAACAUGGUGGGCACGGUGGAUCAAAAGGAAUUAACUUGUAUUUCAGAGGAAGGUAUCGCUGAUAUGGACCUUCCCGAUAACCUUCUUGAUGAUCUAGAUUACAUUGGAGAUUGUAUUACGUCAUGUAACAAAGUGGAGAAUUACUUGAUGCUCAGCGAGUUUGAGAAUAAUUUAAUUGCGGAGAUGCCGGUUAUUCUAGAUCGCAAAGGGAGAAGGUGGUCACUUGCUAGGUCAAAGAUAAAUGAAGAGGCGUUGAAUGGCCAUGGGACGGCGGAUGAAGAAAACGGACUGGGCAGGAACAAUUCCAAAUGGAAGGUCUUCCCAAACAGGGUGAUCACUGUUAUCGAUGAGUCUUCGGUGUAAAUUGUAUUAUAUAAAUAUUGGGAAACGAUUUGUAAGGGUUUGAAGGAAUUCUAAGAGAACGAAUAUUUUGAGGAGGUGUUUUUGAAAACGAGUCAGGAUUUUGGAUGCGACAUUUUUACUAGGAAUUUUAAACUAUAGAAAUAUCGUAGAAACUAUUACCAUUUAAAGUGGAAACAAACCGUAAGACUUACUGAUGAUAAUAACUGCCAUCAAAAAAGCUGCCAUAUUGUCGUAGUACUUAAGCACUUUUACUGAUACUGUUGAUGAUGUAACUAUGAUUUUUGUUUGUGGAAGUAUGUACUACCUCAUAUUAUUUUCAAAAAAGCAAACGUAAACUCAAGUCAAACAUUACGAAAGUAAUUUUAAUUAACUUCAAUGUUAUUUUUAAUCAAAAUGAUGUCAACUUGAGUCAACUAUCACAUAAAUAUGUAAAAUACGUUUCAUGUAUACCUAGCUGUAAUUUUGAAGCAAAUUUUACCCUUACUACAUAAGCAUCUUAGCAGGAAAUAAAUAAAAAUGAAGAAAUUGUGUCACAUAGACAGGAAUGAAAUGGGAUGAAAUGGUUGGGAAUGCAGCUGAUGUUUCUAUACAAUUUUUCGCUCUCUUGCGCUGUUACACUCUCUUAGUCCUAAAUUUACUUAAAGUUAUAUACUUAUGUGACAAAUGUAUGUAAAUGUACUUUACUCUAUGCUGUGUCAUUAUUUAUUAUUUAUGUGUAAUGCGUUAUACUUGGUAUUGUGUGCAUGCAAAUACUGAUUUUCUCUGUGAGUUCUGAAGAUUACGGGCACGUAAACAACGUGUAUACUAUGUAUUAUUAUGAUUUGAACAAAACAUUUUAAAAGUGAAAUAUAUGAUAUAUUUAAAUACGUGAUAAAUAAA